AUGAAAAAAGCAUCUUUUGCUCUGGUCAGCAUUUUAGUACUUAUCUGCAGAUUAGGGUUGUGCGACAGUAACUCGCAGCAUAAAAAUGUCAGAAUAUUGAAGGACAUGCAGAGAUCGAAAGUUAGAGCGGGGGGUUUACCAAAGAUUGUCCCAAGCGCUUUGAACAUCGCGUCUUCCCAAGUAGAAACAAGCAAGCCGCCUGUUCCUAUGCAUGUCUCGGUUGACAAUAGCACUUUAGAGUACGUAGACGCUACAAUCGAGGUUGAAGCAAAGCAUUUCUACCGUCUGGCGCACAGUCUUCCAAAAAAGAGAUUCAUAGAUAGGUAUUACACCAUACUCAUCCCAGCAGGCGAGUCAGUUGCCGCAGAGGGGCUAAAGCAGGCCUUUCUCCCCAUCUCCGACAUAAAGAUUCACUCAAUAGCAUACAACGAAAACAAAAACUUGCUGUCUGUUGUGUUCAGAUGGGAGGAUAUGCAGGACUAUGUAAAAAGAAUCUACGAGAAAUAUUUUUUCAGCAAGAGCAUUGACUUUAAAGAUGCAGAGCUGCAAAGCUAUUCAGACAUACUUUCUAGCAUACUGAAAAUAAAGGUGAUCUUCAGAAAAGAGCCUCUGAUCAUAUACGAUGUAAAUAAGGAGUGCCCAAAGACUGGAGGCCUAGCUAGUGCGCCACUGAAAAUAAGCCUCAAGUCAAGCGCCAAAUCGCCAAAGAACAAAAAGUUCAGAGUAGGAACCUCCUGCUCAAUCAGCGAGAUCCUGGCCGACUCUGUCUGUUUCAACGUAAAUUGCAAAAAUGUCCUGCAGAAACCUGUCAAUGUGCUCCACGACAUGUCAAGCGACAAAAUGAUAGUUGAUUUUUGGGACUUGGUCGCUUCCAAAGUGUUUGCAAACUCAGAGCUUGUAAGCUCCAUUAUAUGCAAUGAAUUCAGUAAAAAUUCUGCGAAUAAAAAGUACACCGAUCCAGAGUUGUCUGCAGUAGACAAUGUCCUAGGCGCUCCAAUGCCGUCUUUGAGCUCAAUUGCCCGAAGUUUCGGAAACUCAGCAAAGAAGCCGCUCUACCGCUCUCCGUAUGUAUACGUUUCGAAAAAAGACACUGCAAAAUCGGGAUACAACCUUGCAGCUGGAAGCAUAAUACCAUCUCCCAUUCUGGAAAAGAAAUUCACGCUGAAUCUGUUUGGCACCUCGAUGCUCACAGAAAAUGCAUAUACGGUAUCAGUGAACAUGAGCUCCAUUGUAGACUCUGCACAGAGAUCUGUCUUCUUUAACCAAGAGUCGCUCAAGAAUCUCCUUGUAAUUGUAGAGAAUCUCAUUGCAAGCAUGCUGUACGACUCAAACAACUGGUACGCACAGAAAACGUUCAUAGGCCUUACACAGGUAAUUAAGCCAGCAAUCAACUAUGCAAUCAUGCACAACGAAAACGUGGCUCCUCUUGCAGAGGCAGUAUACUACCACGUGAUUCAUGUGAUGCACAACGCAAGAAAACUCAAAGUGCUGGACCCCAACGCAGUUGGCUCGCUCUUUGAAGACAUAAACGAAGUCCACCAGCUUGAAAACCUCGGAAACAAGUACUAUCUUGAAGAAAGAAUUGUCCGAUGCGAGGCAUUUGACUUUAAAUUCAAGAGGGCAAUACUUGGGUGCUGCUGCACGAGUGACUACACUAUAUCCGAAGGAUUUGGAAGCGUUGAGGUCACUGAAACAAAGCAAAUGGUUUUGGAAACGUGCUGGUGUGCGCCAAUACAGGAGGCCGUUGAGCAGUACUGUCUUGCGCCUGAGUUCACAGUCACUUUGCCCGACAGCAGAUGCCCUGGCAAAAAACCCUCGAAGGACAGCAAGGAAGUCAAGAAGCCCACAGCUGCCAAGAAAAAGAGCUUGUCUGCUGCACCAAGUCCCAGUAUGUUCAGCGCUACAACAAGAAAGAGCCUCAGUGUAGUUUCAAUAAUAGGGGCUGUAGCUGGAGUUGUCUCUGUGGGUUCAUACUAUGCAUUCUUUAGAUAA